AUGCCUUAUCCAGCGGAACGUGUUUUCGUGGGCAUCGGUCAAAGACUCGAUGUUAUCAUUGAAGCGAACCAGACAGGAGGCAACUACUGGUUCCGAGCAGACGCUUCUGCGCCGGGUUGCACCAACAAUGGCAAUCCUCAUGGUAUCAGAGCGAUCAUCCACUACAGCAACGCAACUUUUGCCAACCCUACCAGUACUGCCUGGGACACAACUGGAGACAACGCAGAUCGAUGCACAGACGAGUCCUACAACUCGGAUAAGCUUACGCCUUUCUGGGACAGCUUCGUGCCCGACAACGCCUUGACAGCAAACCCUGAGUUCUUGAGUGUGCAAGCUCAGGAGGCUGGUGUCACAUCAGACAACAAGACUAUCUUCAGAUGGGCUAUCAAUACUACUGCUCUCAACGUGGAUUGGAACAAGCCGAUCCUUGAAUACGUCCAGGAACAAAACACAAGCUAUCCAGCAUCUGAGAAUCUGAUCAACGUGCCUGAUACGCCAUGGACAUAUUGGGUACUACAGGAAAUUAAGACUCCUGCAGGGGCAAACAUACCUAUCCCUCACCCUAUACACUUGCAUGGGUUAGUUUAA